AUGAGCAGUCUGAGCGAAGAGUCGGACCAAAAGUGUCGUGAAUUGUGUGAAGAGAUGUCGGCUCUGAAGGCAAGCAAUGAGUCCGAAGUGAAGGCAUUGAAAGCACAGCUCAAGUCAGCCAUGGAUUCAAUGCAGACAAUGGAGACUCAGAUCAAGGAUUUAAAACAAAAUCUUUUAAAUUAUAAUAAAAGUUUAAAUGAAAUGUCGAUAAAAAACAGUGAAUUGAGUGAAGAGUUGUCGGCAUUGAAGACAUCGAAACAUAUCAUUGAAUCCGAUGUCAAACAAAUGGACAAAGAAAUCAAUGCACAGAAUAUUAGAUCUCCAGUGAGUGAUAACUCUUCAUCGAUCGGAUCCCACAAUCAAUUGACCACUAAUUCGGACAAAAUCAGAGAUGACAUCAAUAUUGACCACAAAAUUACUGAAAUCCAGAAUCAAAUGAAAUAUAAUAACAAAAUGACAAACAAUUUAUAUAAUUAUUUAUUCGGUGAAAAUAAUUCAAUAAAAGCGUUCAAAGAGAUCGUAAAAAUGUUAGAAUCCUCGGCUGACUUGAGCUGUGCUUUCAAUGCCUUCACUUCGGACUCAUUGCUUGCCUUCAGAGCCGACAUCUCUUCACACAAUUCACGACACUUUCGGUCCGACUCUUCACUCAGACUAUAA